UUACAUAAUGAAGUACGACCAACAAUCCACAGUUAACUCCGUUGCAAUAAAUUAAAAAAAAAAAAAAAUACUUUAUGAAGUUUUAUCUUGGAUUUAAAAAUUUCAUCCUUAUUUACACUUCAUUUCAGCUGUUGGUAUGACUAAUUUGAACACAAUAAUAUCCACAUUUUUUCAUUCGUCCAAAGUUUAUUCAAAGCAAAUUUGUUUUGAUAGUAAGUAUAUCUAUUUGAUUCAAAUGCCUGCAACUAAGAUUUCGUUUUUCUGGCUUGAAAUUAAAUCGCAGUUAUCAGGCUACCGACUGCCGCUGGUGAGGAUUUUUCUGCAUUGCAGUUGAAAAUACCGUCUGCUUGGUUCCUAGACAGGGACUACAAUGACUAAAUUCCACUAAGAAUGGUUAUUCGGAAAUGAAGCUUCAAGCGCGCAGUUGUUCUGCUAUAACUAUUUACAUGGACUAAACCGUAAAAUAUAAUAUACGUGUACUGAUAACAAUAUAACACAUAUCAUAGAUUAAGAGCUGUGAAUAGGUUAGUCCAAAACGCUGAUCAUGAUACAUGGGCUUGUAUCAGUUUAUAAUUGUGAUUUAAUAGUAUAACUACUCGCAAUCAUCAAUAUGACGACACGACCAGUUAAAGGUGUGGAGAAUGAAAUCUCAACAAAACAAGGAUUUUUGUCCCUUCUAACAAUAUUCCUCUUGUCAUCGACUGCAUUGUUCUAUGUAUACACAAGUUUUCCAGAGCUCAAAGAAGAUGAAAAAGCUCACCUGAAAUUGCCUCUAGAUAUUCAAGAUGCUAAAAAUCUUGGAAAACUACUAGAAUCAUACAAAAAUAUGUAUUAUUUUCAAGUACUCACAGGGCUGUUUACAACUUAUAUAUUUCUUCAAACAUUUGCCAUACCUGGAUCAAUAUUCUUAUCUAUUCUAUCAGGAUAUCUUUUCCCCUUUCCCUUAGCUUUAGGACUUGUUUGCACUUGUAGUGCUAUUGGGGCAUCACUUUGUUACUUACUUUCAUCAUUAGUGGGGAAAAAAAUAGUACUCAGAUAUUUUCCUGAUAAAGCCAAAAGUUGGGCAGAAGCUGUAAAAAAGCACAAAAGCAAUCUUUUACAUUACAUGUUGUUUUUGAGAAUAACUCCAUUGCUACCUAAUUGGUUCAUAAAUUUAGCAAGUCCAGUGGUUGGAGUACCAAUGAAACCUUUUGUUAUAGGAACUUUCUUAGGAGUAGCACCACCUUCUUUUGUAGCAAUUCAAGCGGGACAAACUUUAAAUAAUUUAACUUCUUCUAGUGAUGCAUUUUCAUGGAAUAACAUAAUAUUGCUAUGUGCUUUUGCAAUUAUUUCAAUUGUACCUGUAGUAUUUAAAAAACAAAUAAACCAAAAGUUUGAAUAAUUUUGUGAUUACUGAUAUAAAAAUACUGAAUCAAUCAUUUAAAUUGACCUCAAUUUUAUAGUUGGGUUUAUUUUAUGUAAUAUAUUUCAUAUUUCAAGUAAAUAUGAAUGUAAUUGUAAGAAAUGUACCUGAAAAAAUAAUUGUAGUCUUUUGAAAAGAUUAUGCAUUAUUUAAAAAACUUAUUAAAAUAUAUUAUUCAUGAACAAAUACUUAUUGAAUUAAUCUGUACAAAUUGUUACCUUUGAUUUUUUAGAAACUUGCAAAUGUUGUCUCAACCCU